AUGUUAAACGAAGAGAAGGGAAUUGACGAUAAUCAUCAAGAUUUAGAAGUUGUUUCUACAAGAGAAUUAAAAGGAUGGUAUCUGGCAUCUACGGCGAAUGAACCAUAUGUUAUUGCUGCAAUGUCAGCAGGAUUCAAAUUGGAUGAUAGAGAUGUUCCAUGUGAUAUCGAAGUAGAGAAUUAUAAAUGCGUAACAAAAUUUGGAUUUUGGUUUGUUGAUUCAACAAGUUAUUCGUUUUAUAUAAUUGCAAUAUCGGUAUUAGCACAAUGUAUUGUAUACAUUGGAAGUGGAUCGUUAGCGGAUUAUGGAAACAAUAGAAAAAAAAUGCUUAUAGGAUUCUCAUAUGCCGGAGCUCUAUUUACAAUUGCUUACAUAUUGGUCCUUGAACCUAAUAUGUAUUGGUUAGCUGGACUACUGACCAUCUUAUCAAAUGUUUGUUUUGGAGCGGCAACGGUAUUUUGGUUAGCAUAUAUACCUGUGUACACACAUAUUCAUCCAGAAGUAAUGCAAGUUAAACGAAAUAAUAAUGAAAAAGAUGAUGCCACCAAGGAAGAAAUUUAUAAAAUUGAAGAAAAGAUUUCCAACCAAUUAUCAGUUAUUUCCUUGAUAUGGUGUAUACCCGCGGGUGUACUUGUAUUAGCAAUUGGUUCCAUAUUUGCUUUAAUCAUGAAAGACAAAAUAUUAAGUUUAAGAAUUGGUUGUGUUAUCGUUGGGAUUUGGUGGGUAUCAUUCUUAACUUUUCCCGUUUUAUGGAUGAAAAAUCGGGUUGGUCCUCCUUUACCAAAAGUAGGAACCAUUAUAAGGUCCGCAAGACAUCUUGUGGAAACGAUUAAAUUUUUAGUCGCAUGGUUUAUACUCUCAGAUGGAUAUGGUACCAUCACAACAGUUGCAACCUUAUUCGGAAAGAAGGAACUUGGAUUAUCUCAAGUGCAAUUAUUGAUAGCAGCCAUGGUAAUUCCUAUUAGUGCAAUGAUCGGGGCUUAUGUUUUCCUGAAGAUACAAUUGUACUUUAAUUUGAGUACAAAGACGAUGAUUAUAAUAACCGCAUCAUUACACUCUUUAGUACCAUUGUAUGCAUUGUUGGGAUUUAUCGCACCAUUCGGUUUUAAAUACUCGUGGGAAAUUUGGUUAUUCGCCAUUUAUUUCGGUAGUUUGCUUGGCGCGGUACAAAGUUAUUGUAGAGUUUUCUUUGGUAGUAUGAUACCUAAAGGUCAUGAAAAUGAAUUUUUUAGUUUAUAUGAAAUUACGGAUAAGGGAUCAAGUUGGUUAGGUCCCUUGAUGGUGGGAAUUAUUGGGGAUUUGACUCAUAAUUUAAGAAAUGCUUAUUGGUAUGUAUUAUUUUCCAUGGUAUUUCCUAUCCUUAUCAUAUUAACUGUAAACGUUGAUAAAGGUAAAAAGGAUGCCGAAUUAUUUGUUGAAAAUGAAAAAAAUGGAAAGAUGCGAGAGAAUGUAGGAUUGCCAGUAAAUAUUGCGGUCCUUGAAACACAUUUGCGUCAACAAUAG